CUUCGGAGUUAAAACAAAUAAUAUGUAAGCCAUUUGAAAUUUUCACAGCAUACAGAUAGUUGUUUCCAUCGUGACGAAAACAUUCUACUUUGACGACAAAAUAUAUUAUUGUUAAUUUAGUAAUUUCAAUUUUAUAUUUAUCCGAUGUGUUAAAACUAUUAUUGUAGUUACUUCUCAAUUAAAUACUUAACGUAGAUUCAACAUUAUGUCAUUCUUCAGAUCACUCAAGUCAAAACUGCCGUGGGCAAAAUUAGUAAUGGAUGGGAUUCAACAAAGGUGUUUUCGCACGUCGUCUGCUGCAUCUAAAGGCAGUCAAGUUUCUAUGAGCAACUUAGACACCGUACCUUUGCCAUAUGAAUGUUUGCAGAGCCGUGUAAAAAUCGUUGCCGAUAGAAUAGGAAAGCCAUUGUCCUUAACAGAAAAAAUACUUUACUCUCACUUGGAUGACCCCAAGAACCAAGAACUCAAACGCGGUGAAUCUUAUUUAAAAUUAAGACCUGACCGCGUGGCUAUGCAAGAUGCAACGGCUCAAAUGGCUAUGUUACAAUUUAUUUCAUCUGGUUUACCAAAAGUCAUGGUUCCAUCCACCAUUCAUUGUGAUCACUUGAUUGAAGCUCAGAUUGGUGGGAAAGAAGACUUGAAAAAAGCCAAAGAAAUUAAUCAAGAAGUAUAUGGGUUUUUGCAAACGGCUGCCGCUAAAUACGGAGUUGGUUUUUGGAAACCAGGUUCGGGCAUAAUUCACCAAAUUAUUUUGGAAAACUACGCUUUUCCUGGAUUAUUAAUGAUUGGUACUGACUCUCAUACACCUAACGGUGGUGGUCUCGGCGGUUUGUGUAUUGGAGUUGGUGGGGCGGAUGCUGUUGAUGUUAUGGCUGACAUUCCAUGGGAACUCAAAUGCCCAAAAAUUAUUGGUGUUCACCUAAGUGGAAAAAUGUCUGGUUGGACUACACCAAAAGAUGUUAUCUUGAAAGUGGCUGAUAUUGGUUAUACUGACGACUUGCGCAUGUAUUAA